GGAGGGGCUGGUGGUCUCCAUGGUUGCUAGGGGCAACCAUAGGGGAGUGAGCGUCCGUCCGUGCGUGUGGACUACAUAUAGUGUGUGUGUGCGUGCGUGCAUCCCGCCAAAUCCAUCCCUCACAAUUGGCCGAGAGAGACACACACAGAGAGAGACAGAGAGAGAGAGAGAGGUAGAGAGACAUAGAGGAUGGCUGGUAGGAUUAUUUAGCUCCAGCAGCAGCAGCGUCUUUUCGCCUCCAACACAACAAGCUUAUUACCUUUCUCUCUCUCCACGCGCUUGGAAACGGAUUUACGCGCAAAGGAAAAGAAGGAGUUUUGGAGGACAAGUAGGAUGCUGAGUAUCUUUCCUCCUCGCCACUGUUCUCCACCGUGCUCUCCAUGACCUGAGAGCGCCACCACAGCGGGAGGAACGAAACACCAGAACGAGAGAGGAAGAGGAGGGCAGAAGGCCAGGGAAGGAAAAGGAAGGAACACACUUUUUCUUUUGUUGUUGUUUUGUUUUCCCUUUCCGAAAUGGCGGCGACGGAGGCCAGCGCGGCGCCGGUGGUCCAGGAAGACGGGAAAACCCCCGAGAGCAAGCCGACGGAGGCUGAGCAGCCGGCUAAAAACGCCAACGCAAACUCAGAGACUGUCAACAGCGAAGUUGUCGAUAAAGAUGGCACCGCUGUCAACAACGAGGUUGUCGAUAACAAAGAGACAGUGAAUAACGACACAGCGGCGGCGACGGCGGCGGCAGGAGCCGAGGAGGGAGAAGCAGCAGCUAGCGGGGAGGCGGCACCUCCUCAGAGCUCGGAAAACACCUCCUCUGCCGAGCCCAAGACCUCGUUCCUGGACUCCUUCCUCAACAAGAGCGGCCUGGGGAAGGUGAUGGCAGGAAGGAAGAAGAAAGAGCAGAGCACAGCCGCCGGAGGAGGAGGAGAGGAGAGCGCUGCCGAAGGAGGCGAGAAAGAGGGAGAGAAAGGAGGCGAGGAGGCCGCAGCAGCUGAGGGAGGAGCAGAGGGAGGUGCAGAAGGAGAUGGAGCGAUAGAGAAAGCUCCAGAAAACGUAGAGAAGGAGGAGGAGAAGAAAGCAGAGAAGGGCAAAGCGGCGGAGGCUAAAUCCACAGUUCGAGAUAUGAUCAGGAAGCCGGUGGCGAGGAUCUUCUCCCAUCGCAGCACCGAGAAGAAGGACGGCGCCGCCGCAGAACCCCAGAAACAAGUCAAGGUUCGAUCCAAGUCCCUGGACCGGCUGGAAGACCCUGAAGCACUUAACACCACCGACUCCACCAUAGAGGAGGGAGGAGCAGCAGCAGGAGCAGAGGGAGGAGCAGAGGGAGCUGCAGAGGGAGGCGCAGAGGGCGAACAGAAAGCGUCGUCCUCCUCAGCAACCACCAAGCACAUGAAGCGCUGGCACUCCUUCAAGAAGCUCAUGGCUCAGAAGGCGCACAAGAAGAGCGGAGGAGGAGGAGGAGUAGAGGAAGUCAAGGAGGAUGGAGAAGGAGGAGAAGGAGGCGGAGACUCCUCCACGCUGGACUCCAAGGAGUCGGGGCAGAAGAGGUGGAAGCUGAAACGCUCCUGGACCUUCCAGGGUAUGAAGAGGGACCCGUCCAUGGUCGGCAUCAGCGGCAAGGCUAAGGGCUCCGACAAAGACUCUGCUGACAACGACAAGCCAGAGGAGGCGGCGGCGGGAGGAGCUGAGGGAGGAGAGGAGGCUAAGGCGGAGGGAGGAGAAGAGGAGGCCAAGACGGAGGGAGGGGAGGAGAAGGAGAAGGCUGAGGGAGCGGAGGAGGAGAAGGCGGCGACGGCGGGAGGUGGGACGGUGACGCAACACGCCAACGAGAUCUGGACCUCCUUCAAGAAGCGCGUCAUCCCAAAGUCCAAACGCGCCAACACGGAGUGCGCCCCCAGCGGGGAGGAGGAUGCAACUGCAGCUGCAGGUGAGGAUGGAGCGGCAGAAGAAAGCAAAGACGGCAAGUCAGCCAAGGCCAAGCGCACACAUUUUGGCCGUGCAGUUUCCCUGAAGAACUUCAUCCUGCGAAAGGGCAAGUCCACCAGCGUGGACAUGGGCGAGGGCGCCAAGGAGGAGGAGGAGGAGGAGGAGGAAGCCGCGGAGGCAGGAGAAGCAGUGGAGGAAGCAGCUGCUGACGGUGAAGUCGCCACAGCGACCGAGGAGUCCAAUGACAAAGACGCAGCGGAGGCCGAGAAGACACCGGUGCCGGUGGCGGCAGCGGCCGAGAAGAAGACGCCGGUGGAGGAGGUGACCGGAGGGGAGGCGCCGAAGGAGGUGGAGAAGACGCCGGCCGAAGCUCCGGUGACCAACGGGGAGAACGGCUGCUCCAACGGCACGGGGGAGGAGAACGCCACACACAAUCACCAGGAGGAGGAGGAGGAGGAGAAGAAGACGACGGGGGGCAGCCCCGUGAAGAAGAGCAAGGAGGCAGGGGGAGCGAAAGAGGAGGCCAACGCCAAGAUCAUCAACGCCACGGCGGCUGUGAACAGCGACAAAAAGGCGGGAAACGUGUGAGGCCACACAAAGAGGAUUAGAACUGCCCGGGAUUCGCUGAGCAAGGAUUCGCUCUGAGCCCCGCCCACCCCCUAACUCCUUCCCCUCCUCCUCCUCUUCCUCCUCUUCCUCCUCCUCUCCCUUCAUCCCUCCUUCCUCCCGAAUAAACGGAGUAAUCACGUGUUAACAGAACACCAUGGUGAGAAAAAGAGAGCGAAAGAGAGAGAGAUUUGAGAGAAUGAGAAAAGAUGCAAUUCAUGUUAGAUGAGAUAAAAUAAUAAUUACUCAGAAAGCAAUAAUAAUUCAAGCCCUUCUUUUCGUCCCUCCAUCCCUCCAUCCGUCUCCCUCCGUCCGACGCAUACAUACAAAAACAUCACGUGUUUUUACUUUUUGUUUUCUUUGCUUGUCUGUGAGAUUUUAUAUUUGUCUACGAGAGAAAAAGAAAAAUGUAAAAAAUGAAAAUCGAGACAUUCCACCCCCCCACUCCCCCCGUUUCCCUCGCCGCCCUAUUUUCCUCGUCAAGCUACUUAACUCUGCUCUCCGUCUCUACCGACUCCUGAUUGGUGGAUAUAAAGACAAAAAAAAAAAAAAAAAAAGACUGUUAGUUUUAUAUUGACGGCCAUUUUGGUUUGUAGUCCCCCCCCCCCCCAACCUCCCCCCUCCCUCCCCCUCCCCUCCGUCUCCGUCCCCAGUAGAUAUUUGACAGUAUACAGCAGGACCAUGCUACAGUAUAUAAACUGCCCUGAGGACUGCCACUUCCCAACCAACACUGCAAUGUCUUCAGCUCUGUGUGUUUAAUGUUUUUAGACUGUUAUAUUGUGUACAUGAAUUUAAAAAAGAAAAAAAAAAAAAAAAAAAAACCAUCAAAUAUUAAAGUCAAUUUUUUUUUUUUUUUUUUUUCCCCGUUUGGUUUGAAUUCUACUUUCUUGUUUUAAUUUUUUUUAAAAACACAUCUUCUUCACUGUUACCUACCGCGCAGUCUGGCGAAAUGCUGUAAUUAAAAAAAAAAAAAAAAAAAAAAUGAUAAUAAUAAUGAUGAUGUUUUUGUUGGUCCAAGUUUUCACAUGUCCGCUAGCAAAUUGUCAAGAAAAAAAAAUAGUACAAUAAAGACUAAAAUCUAACAACUAAA